CAGAGCAAGGAGCGCGCGCGUAGCUUGUGGUAGUUCAAUGCGCAUGCGCUAAUUGCGUCACGGGGGCUGCGACGCUCUAUAUGAGUCGAGUGAGGCGUUGACUCGCUCCUUUUCUCUCCCCACCCUCCGCCGGCGCUGAUCCUCGCUGUGUGCUUCGGCAUUACAACACUUAGGCCGCCAACAUGAUCAUCUACAAGGACUGCAUCACUGAAGACGAAAUGUUCUCGGAUAUCUACAAAAUCAUCGAAACCCCCGAUGGGAUGUGUUUGGAAGUUGAAGGCAAGGUAAUCCAAAGAGAAGAAGGUGCAAUUGAUGAUGCGCUUAUUGGGGGCAAUGCCUCAGCCGAGUUCCAGGAGGACGACGUUGGUGGUUCAUCACUAACCAGUGGGGUGGAUAUAGUAAUGAAUCACAAACUUCAGGAAACAGGCUUCACCAAGGACUCUUACAAGAAUUACAUCAAGGAUUAUGUGAAGCAACUCAAGGCCCAUCUUGAGAAGACCAAUCCUGAGAGAGUGAACACCUUCAUGAAAGGAGCUCAAGAAACUGUAAAAAAAAUACUUGGAAAUUUCAAAAACUAUCAGUUUUACACCGGAGAAAGAAUGAACCCCGAUGGUAUGGUGGGUCUGCUAGAUUACCGUGAGGAUGGUAUUACACCCUUUAUGAUCUUCUUUAAGGAUGGCUUGAUUAUUGAGAAAUGUUAACAUUCCGUUUGGUUCUUCCAUCUUGGCUGCUGCUUUUCAUUCAUGAAUACCAGGACUGAGCAAGAUAUUUACCGACUCGAAAAAGGACUGAUACAUUGAGCUUGUUUCACUAUGGCCCUAAAUUAUUCAAGUGGAGACUUUCUUUAUUUUAAAAACCUGAAAUCCUUUUGUCAUUUAGAUUCAAUAAAGCCCAUGAUUCUCCACUGUAGACAUUGCCUCUUGGUUUGCUCUGCAAUUACUCUUGAAGACUGGGUCUUGUGCAUUUGACAUUUGUUGCACAGAAGCUUUGUGACUGAUCAGACAGACUUUGAUUGGCAGAAUCUUUUAAAAGAAGCGGACCUUCAGUUUGUGGACAAUCUGCACAUUUAAGGAGACAGCAAAAAGUAUUCAAUCUGCCUCUCAGCCCCAGGUUAUUAGACUCCUCCUCUGCCAGAAGGACUUUCAACAUUGUUGCAAAUACUUCUGGCCGUGAAGGGGUUUGUUACACUGCAAGUUCUUUGCACAGUAACUUGUUUGGAUUUGGAGCAUUGACUGUUGCCUGUUAAUAGGCUCUCUACCAUCAAUGAAGAGCUUUUUAUUACUGAUCCUGAAUAAAGACAGAAUUAAACAA